AUGGCUUCUCGAUAUUGGGGUGAUGAAAAACAUCCGGACGCUAUCUAUGCUGUUUAUUUGAGAAAAGUUCGAUAUGUUCCGCCACAAGGCUACGAAGGUGUUCCGAGGUAUCGAGCAAUUGAUCCAGAUCGACCAAAAACUGAGCCGGUUGAAAUGACCGGAGCAGACCAUCUGGAAUGGGAAUCAGUGAAGGAAAAAAUCAUCAAGGCUGGAAGCGUCGAACGUUUAGUGGAAUGUCUCGUCGGAGGAGAUGAUUUGAUGGAUUCACGACACUUCAACGUGUUUUUUGCAACGUAUCGAGCGUUCACUGAUGCACCCAUUGUAUUAGAUUGUUUACUUCGGCGAUACGAAGCUUUGGAAAAUGAAAUAAAUGGCAGCACGUCAGCCUUACUGGUCCAAAAUUCGAUUCGGCAAAUACUGAUGUGUUGGCUCGAAACCUAUCCGGAGGACUUUUAUGAUCCCGAUAAAGAUUUUGCGAUGCUCACCAAUUUAUUGGAUUUCGGUGGCCGCAAUAAAUUGACCGAAUUGCGGGCCAGAUCAAAAAAGCUGCGCGAGCGAUUCAAUCGGAUUACAGAAGAAGGUGGUAUGAUUGCUGCACUCCCGUCCCUUGGUCAAUUCGUUGCUAGUAUGGGCUUUGAUCCUAUGGAUUAUCCAAAAAAUUUGAAAGAGAGAGUAAAAAUGUUUGAUGUUGGAAAGGAAAAUUGCGUGCAGAUUGCGGAACAACUGACGUUUUGGGAUGCUGCGCUGUUCAAAGAACUUUUGAUUCAUCAAUGUCAGGGGUGCGUGUGGUCAAAGAGGCGAACUGCGGGGGAUCGAGUUUAUACUGUCAAGGCAACAAUUGAUCAAUUCAAUGCCGUUUCGCAAAGAGUUAUGACGAGUAUUGUUUUGCCUGAUUGCCGACCGGAAUACCGAGCAAAAAUCAUCAGCAAAUGGAUUGACAUUUCCAGGGAACUUCGCGCCCUCAAGAAUUUUUCGUCUCUAAAAGCAGUACUAUCAAGUCUACAAUCCGAGCCAGUUCACCGUUUGAAAAGCGCAUGGAGUUUUGUCUCAAAUCGAUCUAUGGCUCAGUUUCGCGAACUUUCUUCAAUUUAUGACACGGAUGAGGACGGCGAUCAGGUAACAGCUCGAAGGAUUCUGGAGCAAGAAGGAACAGCAAAGAGUUCACCUCUACGACGGCCACAGCUAAUUCAAAAUUGUCGACGAACCAAAAGUGAUGUGAAUCUAGCGGAAUGUCAAGGAACCGUGCCGUAUCUUGGCAAUUUUUUGACUGAUUUGGCCAUGGUUGAUGAAAGCACACCAGAUUUCACAUCGGAUAAUCUGAUCAACUUCGAGAAACGGAGAAAGGAGUUUGAGGUUUUAGCCAAACUUCGAUUGUUCCAAUCAGCGGCAAGGGCAUAUAACAUUCCGAUGGACAAAAUGUUCUGCGCCUGGUUCUACUUUCUACCGUGUCUCGACGAAAAUGAAUGCUUCAAAAGAUCGCUGGAAAUCGAAAAACCACCGGUACUAUCCACUCCGGAUCUUUCAUCAUCUAGAAUAAACACUAGUAUCCUAAGCAAUGGUGUUCAAAGUGCUCCAGUGAAAAACUCCACUUUAUCACGUCUGUUCAAUUCGGCAAGGAAUAGCGAAGAAGGGCAAAAUGGACAGUCUUGGCAUCAUCAGCAUUCUCAAUCAUACUCAUCAUCGUCGAAUUCCCAUUUACCACCAGCAGGAAGUUCGUUGAAUGUGUCAUCAGACGCAUCAGUGCUACUUCCGUCGAAAGAAAAUGGAAUUCAUUGCGAGGAUUGGAUAGAUGGUAGACUUGAUGGUGGUCCGCCAGGUCCCGUGCCCCUUUCCGGAACUUCAACAUUACCAAGAACCAAUAAUACUAACACACCGUCUAGCUCAAAUGUUUCAUGGACUGGAGGAAGUGAAUUCACGCCUUCAAACUUGUUCCCAUAUACUCACGAAAAAGCAAAAAGUGGAGAAUCAUCAUUGCAAGAAGUGAAUACGUCUAUAUCAACAAGAGCCAGUGGAGAUGCAUCGAGUUUAACACAAUCUUUAUCGCGAAGUGCGACUCCAAUUCGAAAUCGUCUCGCUGAGGUGUUUGACACAAAAAUGUUUUCGCAUCAGAAAAAGAACAGCGACGCAUCAUCGUGUUCAUCCUCAUCAUCGGUGUCAGCCAAUGGAAACGCCUCAACACAGAAUUCGUUCUAUCUAGCAAGAGUUGGCCUGGAUGAUGACUUACAAACUACUGAUGGUGCUAAUUAUAAAUGCAUCAAGAUUGAAAAUGGUGACCGAAUGCCUCAAAUAAUUGAGCGAGCACUCGAGAAACAUUUAAUAAAUGACAAUAAAAGCAAUUACUUGCUCGUCCAGUUGCUACCACGUGGCGGCGAGUUUGUGCUUCCGGAUAAUUGUAAUCCAUUCUACGCAAUGGCGCCCGAUCCAACGUCUCCGAUGCUCAAUUUGCUGCUAAGAAAACGAAGCGGUGACGGCAAAAUAGGCGGCGGCGCGUCUCCUCAAAUCGGCCCAUCCGCCAAGAAGCUCAACCGAAUGAAGCGCACCAAUUUGCUGCGGUGGAGCAGCGGAUAUCUUUAA